UCUUUGCUUAAUUUCUCAUAUUCUUUGGCCCUAUAUAAGAGCCUUCAGAAUCUCAAUUAUUCUUGCUCGCAUAUCUUUCACUAAAUAAGUAUACACAUCUCCAUCCAUCCCUCCAUCUCUGUCCCAGCGAAACUAACUUCUUUUUCUCUCCGAGCAUGGAGCUGCCUCAGACCCUCUUCCUCCCUCUCGUUCUGUGUCUUCUCUCUCUAUCAACACAGCAAAGUGCGAUACUUGUGUCAGCUGAUCAUCACCACCAUGGCCACCAUCACCACCACCACCAUUCAACACACCGAUACUUGUUCGAUUGGCGUCCAACCAAACUGUUUGUUUUCGGAGACUCGUACUCCGACACAGGCAACAACCCUAAAGCCGUGACCAAAUCUUGGAAAUAUCCUUAUGGAAUCACCUUCCCGGGAAAACCCUCCGGCCGUUUCUCCGAUGGCCGCGUCCUCACGGAUUUCCUUGCUAAGUUUAUAGGGGUCAAGUCGCCAAUACCCUACAAAUUCAGAAAUGUCGGAGUCAAACAUUUGAAAAACGGAAUGAAUUUCGCAUAUGGAGGCACCGGUGUGUUCGAUACUUUGGUUGCUGCACCAAACAUGACCACCCAGAUCGAUUUCUUCCAGCAAUUCAUCAAAGACUCUGUGUUCACUGCCCAAGACUUAAACUCCUCCGUGGCAUUGAUCACAGUUGCAGGCAAUGACUACGGAUAUUACGUGGCCGUGAAUAAUUCUGCUGCGGGUUUUAAACCUUUCAUCACAUCAGUUGUAAAUCAACUAAGUGUGAACUUGAGACGUGUCUAUGACUUGGGGGUGAAGAAAAUAGUUGUGACAGCUCUACAACCUUUGGGUUGUCUUCCUGGUAGCACAGCUGAAUUUUCAUUCCAGAAGUGCAAUGGUACACAAAACUUGCUAUCCAGUUUCCACAACCUGUUAUUGCAGCAAGCUGUUUCCAAGUUGAACAACGAAACAAAGACUUCUUUUAUCGUUCUUGAUCUAUAUUCCUCAUUCAUGUCAGCACUGAACAAUAAGGGAGACCAUCUAGGAAGCAUAAAGUUUGAGAACCCAUUGAAGCCCUGUUGUGUUGCUACGAGCAGUGAAUACGAUUGUGGAAGUGUCGAUGACAGUGGCGCAAAGAAGUACACCAUAUGCGAUGACCCUGAAUCUGCAUUCUUUUGGGACGGUGCUCACCCUACUCAACAGGGCUGGCUUGCUGUGUAUUCAGCUCUACAAGCCACACUUCAAGAAUUGUACUAGCUAGAACUUCCAAUAAAUUUAAGCUAGUCAAUAUAUUAGAGCUACCAAUAAAUAGAUAAUUAAUUAUCUAUCUUAUAUGUAUCUUUGUUUUGGGGUUUUACGUACCACUCUGCAUGCUGUCAUAAGAUGUCAUAUAUAUCAAGUUGCACAAGAAAUAAUUUCCACUAC